GAUACUGUUCCACGUUUCAUGAAAACUGUACCGAUUUCAUAGAAACAGACGCGGUUUGUCUUUGUAUAUAAGGUAGGAUUUCAUCAGGGGGGAAUAACACAUCUACAAACUUUUAUUUGAGACACAGAAUACAAAGAUGGAUCGACUUCACAACCUAUUAUAUAUUGCGGGGUUUUGCUUGGCAUGUUCUCGUGCAGUUACACAUACACAGAGUGCCUGCAUGGUCAACACAUUUCCAGGGAAAAUGUCACAAUGCUUCACUCGAGGAGAGAUAGCAGCAGAUCAUGUUCCGGAGCAAACAGUAUGUGUAUCUGAACGGAAAGACUCCUGUUACGUUUGUCAAGGGGGAGAGUGGCUGGGAACUGGAUGUGUAAACAAUGGUCCUUCAGAAAGGCACAAACGAGGAUUUUUUAAGAAAAUAUUCAAAAGUGUUAAAAAGAUAGCACGUGUCCCUCACGACCAUAUCAGACGGCUUGGUUCCUUCUUCAAGCGGAGACCUAAUCACUUUGUUAAACUAUUCAACACUCCUCCUUCGAUAACUUGUCCUCGAAUACCCAGUACUAUUGUUGCUGGGUCCAGGACGUCAGAAGCCGUCGUCAGAUGGGUCGGCCCCAGUGUCAAAGACAGAGAGAACAACGUCGUGUCUACCCGUUUAACCAGUGGCAAGGGACCAGGCAGUAGGUUCGGGGCCGGGCGCCAUACAGUCAGCUACAAAACGACCGACCGUUGGGGUCUCAGUGCUACAUGUGUGGUGUCAUUCAAUGUUCAGGUAAUUCGCUGUCCUGCGCUGCCCAGCAUAGCCAAUGGGAAUAUUCACUGCUCGGGGACGCUUGGAAGAGUGUAUGGCAGCACAUGUACCCAUAGAUGUAACCCGGGAUACUCGCUGACGGGGGCAGCGACUCUCACAUGUCAAAGAAGCGGAACAUAUACUCCAAAACGACCAACAUGUCAAAAAAUCCAGUGCAGUAAACCUGCUGUGCCCGCCCAUGGAAAGUCUGUCCGCUGCACAGAUGGCAACAGAUACCAGAGUGUAUGCGCACUCCUCUGCCACACAGGGUAUUCCCCCAGCAGGGGUGCUAACGCCAUUUGUACCGCCAACAGGAAAUGGAGCCAAACUUCCUGGAAAUGUGAAGACACGGUCAAGCCAAUUUUCACAAACUGCCCUGCUAAGAAAAUCAACACCAUCGAUGAAAGAUUCCGUUGGACGCCGCUGAAGGCGACUGAUAAUUCAGGGAAGGUGGUUGUGAAGCAGGUUCAAGGAGAACCGCCAGGAUCUUUGUUGACUGUUGGUCUUCACAUCUUGAACUAUGUCGCCUCUGACGAUGCGGGCAACACGGCCUCAUGUGUGUUUACAGUGGAGCUCAAACAGACUGACUGCCCCCGACCCUCGGUUAAUGAUACGGAUAUGAAGUUCACGUGUAAUGGUUUAACAGUUCAGUCUGUUUGUCAGCUGUCUUGUCGCUCCGGAUCCUCUGUUGAAGGUAGUAGCUACAUUUCAUGUGUUCAUCCUGACAAUACUUCCUACUGGGAACCUAUCGACGGGGAUUACCCAAGGUGCUUCAAGAAGAGCUGUCCAGAGUUACCUGCGCCGAAGAACGGAGCACUAGCAUGUGACAAGCAGCUAGAUGGGACUCUGUGCCAGCUCCAGUGCAAUGACGGCUUUGACGUGAAGCAAGGGGAGGGCACAGGGGCAACCUUUGUCUGUGGGCUGAACUCAGAUCAGUGGAAACCAAGCAGCAUUGUCCCAGACUGCUCGGAUCUGGCGUAUCCUGAUGAAUACCUUCUACCCACUGAACUGUACUACUUUUGGGGCUAUUGUGAUAGUCCCGAAACACUGCACCAGAUUAAGCAACAGUUCCUGUUCAAUCUGAACUCCUUGGGUAUAUCUCCCUGCGCUCAAGAGACGUGCUCAGUGGAUGACGUCGAUGUUACCUGCGGCGAGGAGGAGGACAUAGGUGGCUUCCUGGACUUCAAGAGAAAACGACGAGCCGUGUCGAAAUCAAACCAACUUGUACACAUAAAGAUGACAUUCCGACUGAAGAACACCAAUAGGACGAUUUCACCAGAGGCAGCCAAACGCUUGCUGCAAACUCUUGUGGAGAAAUCAAAGACCAUGAUGUCCACAAACACAGCAAUGAGGAAAUUGUACAUGAAAGCGAAUCACUUCACUACACCCGCCCCAAGGCCAAGGAUCUACUCGGGAAUUCCUCAACUAAGAACAAAUUUUGGUAUGAGAAAGUCGAUAGUGAAAAGCUUUUCUCACAAAGACACACUGCCUUCUUUCGCCUUUCUCCCAUCUCUACCUCCCCCAACGCCGACUCCCAUGAUAACCCAGCUGAAAGCACGUGCAGUCACAGGAAGUUUGGCCAUGGAGUGUACCCCGGGUCAUGUCCAGAUGGACGCCAAGUCCGGCAUCUGUGUGCCCUGCUCGGUGGGGACAUACGAAGACAGGACGAAGGGGAAAUGUGAUCCAUGUCCGAUGAACACCUACCAGAACACUCAAGGUGCUACCUCUUGUCAUCUCUGCCCACAACUACACACAACCGCCUCCACUGGAACUACAGCCAGAGCUGAGUGUAUCCCACUGUGUACGGCAGAUACAUUUUCCACAACUGGGUACCACCCCUGCUACCCGUGUCCCCCGGGAACCUAUCAGCCGAACACUGGCGCCACAACGUGCAGUCCGUGUCCAGUCAAGGCCGCGAGUCAAAGGCCAAACUGUGUCCUGAAGCACGAUGCUGGCAAUACCACCUCCAUACCUGAUGACCUGAGAGUGUCCGAGUUCCUGCUGACCUGUGACAGUGAACUGUGUCUGUCAUUUUAAGAACGGGAAAUGUCAGGAGAAAGUGUGUCAUGAUUGUAUGCUGCAUACAAACUAUGUAAUGAGUUCAUCCUUCCGUUGUAUUGUUGUCUGAAACAUGGAUGAUAUUAAACAAAGUGACAGAUUUACACAAAGUCUUGGUUAAAGGGGAAGAAGAAUGCUCCAUAAAUCCAGUGACAGUAAAUGAGUGAGUAGUAUCAUGUCCUAAAAAUAAUAACUAUGAUGAUUCUCAAUCACGUUUCAGAAAUGACAGCAAGUUGUGACUCUCCUUACAGUAGUUUUGAAAGACGACACCUACUGUUUUCAGUGUGUUUCACGUCGAUCCCUUUUAUAACUAAGUGUGUUGAAGUGUACAUAAAAUCUGACAGUUGUGAUAAUGGUCGUAUGGGAAUAAAAAAUAAGAAUACA